ACCGUGUACAACGUCAAUGACAGUUUCCAAAAUUUGGUUUGUUUUUUUUAUCAUCGAUAAGAAAAAAUGAAAUUUUACAUUUUGCAAAUUAUUUGUGCGGAGUGUUUCUUAAGACAGACAUUGUAUUAUAGAUAAAUAUUACAAAAAUACUAUAGUUAUCGGGAUACGAAAAAAAAACGGCACGAUGGCAAAGGAAAUGAUGAUCGUCUUCAUUUACGAUACAAUAAAAAACGACGAAUUUCAUGAUCCCAUGAAGUCUGUCGUUUAUUUUCAUCCAUCUUGGGUUUCUGAAACGCAAAAAUUGCUGUUAUGUGGCCAAUUAAUGGGUACAGCUCAUUUCCUUAGCGAAACUCUAUUCAAACCAAAAAUAAUCUCAUUACAAAGUGGAAAAUUUGCAAUUAAAUCAUUUGGACGCUUCCUACUAGCUGUAGGAUCGGAUCGAAAUAUGUCGGAAAUAGUUCUGGAACACAGAGCACAUUUCCUGUACACUCUUAUAAAAAUGUACCACUGUGACAUAAAUGCAAUCUACGAACAGUUGAAGUCUGCUGAGCAGGAAUCGAAGUUCGAGGACAAAAUGUACAGUAUAAUGGAAAGUUACUUACCGUUGUUGCAAUACAAUGGAAACAUAUUCCAAAACGUCUCCAGUUUAAAAAUUCCAAAGAGUGCAAGCAAUCUUUAUUUGGAAACCAACCAGAUUUUACAAAGCUUUCAACAAACUAAAGGCGUUUUGGGCGGAACCAUACUUUAUCAUAACAAGGUUGUUGCUAGUCAGUUAUCAGAUAACCUAACCAAAAUAUUCACAUUAUCAGACCUGUAUCGACUAAAAUCUUCGGAAUACAUUGUUGCCAACUAUCACAUACCAAUAGGCGUAACGCUAAUAAACGCAUACAUUCCAGCAAAUGAAUUUUCAGAACUUUCACGAUCGUCAUCCCAAGCGCAUAAUUUGUUCAAUACCGCUGUGAAAGAUAUUGUACCAUUCCAACUACGCAAAAAAUCGUUCUCAAAGGACAGUCAUUCCAUAAUGAAACGGGAUAAAUCCUUGAUCUUCACAAACAUUCCGGAGGAAGACCUGGAUGACGGAGUUGGCACAAUGAAGCCCGAUUAUCACAGAAAGCCAAGUUUCAACAGGCCAACGCAUUUGCCACUAUUAUUUAAAAAUCCUACGACGUUGGACAUUUCGGAAUCGGGGUUCAAUUCCAUCAACUUUGAUGAAACUGAUAGUUUUCCCAAUUUUAUUGGUAAAACUAGCGUGUGUUCGACUCCAAUGACCGAGAAUAAGCUGCUACCACAUGGGAACGUUUUAUCCAUAUGUGCUGCAAACGAAGACCUCGAUAUUGAUGGCAAAACCUCACCAGAGCAGCGAAAUGGCGAGCAAUCUGAAACACACGUAGAAUAUGCAACCGAAUAUGCUCAAAAAUCGUUGAAUGGAUCUCCGAAGAAAGAUAAUAAUUGUUUAACAAAUUUCAUUAGCAAUCCACAUAAAUCUAGUCAAGUUAGAUCUUCUUUGAUCAAUCUCAGUGAUUCCAUCAGUCCUACGGAAAUAGAUAACAAUCUAGCUGAUGCUGACAUCAGACUAUCCAAGGGUCCCAGGUUGAAGAACCUCAGAAAUAGAGAUUUCUGUAAAACAAUUGCCGAUCCCACUUAUCCCAUUUUCAACAGUGAUGGUUGUGCAGUUUCAUAUAGCCUGUUCAAAGAAUUCUUGGAACUGCAUUAUAACGAUUUGAAAAACUUCUCAAUAGACAAAACUCAAACCCAUUCUAAUAUUGAAAACAUAGUGGAGACUUGCCAAAUGACAGAAUCUAAAAAACUGUCUCCCGUUAAAAUGGCCAAUUCGAUUAAGAGUCGACGUGAUCUGAAUCUGCCUCUCAAAGCAUUGGAUCUCAAAGGAGCAGAAGCCAAUCAAUCGAACAUAUUCGAUUCUCCUGCGCAUCGAAAGAAGCUGUCCGGCCUGCAACUCACUCCUCUUAUGUCAAAGCUCACCAUACUGGCAAUGAAUGAUCAGCAGUCGAGUGGUUUUUCCAGCUGGGACACAACGCCGGGAUGUAGUUUCAAUAAUCCCAUGACACCGUUGGAGUAUCAGCCAAAACGGAGAAAAUCCAAAACUUUCGCCUCUGGAGUGCCGGAAACUGAUGGGGAUUGUUUCUCGGAAAGCGAGACCAGCAAACCAGUGAAGGUUGAACUGUUCAUAUGCGUUCAGCAGAACAUGACCUUGGUGUUGAUUUUGCAGGAAAAAAGCAGCGAAAAGGAAGACAUGAUUCAUUCUUUGUUUGAAACGUGCGUAUCAAAACUAACAAGAAUCGAGAACAGCUUACAUCAAGUGAUGAGCAUCAAUGUCGAAGGUUCGGACAAAGGAGAUGGUGGAUACAGCUUUAUCUGUCUGGACUCUAAGUGGGAUGUUAAUAAUAGAUGCGGCCCAUGGACACCGCGGGAUCUGUUAACGCUGAACUCACUACACAAUAACUUUCACUACAAUCGCAAACUUAUUGAACUCAUAUUGAAGUCUCAAGAUGCAGUUAUCUACGCGUAUCGAUGCGGAAGGUCAGAAAUUUAUUAUCAACAAUCUUCUAUCGUCUUACCAGGUUUACCACCACCGCAAGAUGCAAUGGGAACUGUGUCACUCUGUGCCAAAAGAAGACUUGAACGUGAUCACCGAAUUCUAUUGCUCUAAAUGUAUUACAAUGUCUAGUACGUCAAAA